UUGAGAGAGGAGGAGGCCCCCUUCCAGUAAAGCUGGUCAGGCUGCCUAGGGCCAGGUGCCUUUGCACCUGCCAGGUGAGAGCAGGGAGGCCCAGGAAGAACAAGCAGUCCAAAUUGACUGAGAAGGAGGGAGCUAUCCCAAGCCACACGGCAGGUUUGGCUUCUUUAGGUAUCCACAAUGAAGCAUUUUGUUUGGCUGCUCUUCUUUCCAGGUUUCCUGUGUAAUCUGAAUCCACGGAAUCGGAAUCCACUGACCAUACGCCCUGAUUCUCUGGUUACCUGGGAAGGAUCCUGUGUGUUGAUUCCCUGUGAGAUCGGUCGAUAUGGCGGGGCUGUACUCAACCCAAUCACACUACUUUGGUAUUUCCAGCCUUUUUAUGAUAUGAGACAGUCAGAAUAUAAUGGUGUCUUAUUGUACAACAGCUCGAUGGCAUCAGGAUAUUCCAAUACCCACUUGAGGGAUUCUCAGGACCGAGUGAAGUUUGUAGGGAAUCUGAAUCAUGCCGAGAGGAAAACUUGCAGUUUGAAAAUCUCUCAAGUCCGGACAGAGGACAAUGGCAUCUACGGGGCAAGACUUUUUGCUUCAUAUUCUCGCCCAACUCAACAACAUAAGUGGUUUCUCAAUGCUACAAUUCAUGUUGCUGAGUCACCUCCAGCUCCUAUUAUGGACGUCAGCCCUACGUAUAUCCGAGAAUCGCUGGUGAGAGUAACCUGCUCUGUAACGUACCAUUGCCCCGAUGAUCCAUUAAGGGUGGUCAUUGGCUUAGAAAAGAAUCAUUUGCCUUCACAAAGAAUGACAACCAUUAACGGAGUGAUCAAAACAGUGGUGAGUUUUCGAGUGACUUGGGAGGACCACAGGAAGAAUCUGUUCUGCUCACUGGAAAGACAGGAUAGGUCAGAAAUAUCCAAGAGCACCAAGCAGCUGGAUGUGAACUAUGCUCCUAAAGGUGUUCAGCUGAUAGCUUUGCCUGGGACAACCAUUCAAGAGGGACAGGCACUCUCUCUGGAGUGUACGAUCAAGAGCAGUAACCCUGAAGUUUAUGAAUAUUGUUGGUAUAAAGAUCUUCAACUGAUGUAUGGAUGCCAGAAUCAGAGCAAAAUUGAAUUUGAAGCCAAAGGAGACCAGCAUUCUGGAGUUUAUACAUGUGAGGCUAAGAACAGUGUUGGGAGCCAGAAGUCAGAAGAACUUCACAUAGAUGUCCAAUCUCACUCCCAGGACACCUCAACCCAUUCUGCCUCUGAAUCCAAACCCACAGCACAUGAUGCUUCUGCAGGGGCUUCCGACUCUAGAGGAGAUCCUGCUGGCCCUUCCUGCUCAUCUUCUGAGGAGGACUCUGAGGAGGACUCUGAGGCACUAGAAAAGCUACUUCUCAAUACCUGCAAAGAGCUGACAUCUGCAGUGGUUGAGCUCACAGAACAACUUCGGAAAGCCAGGAGUCAAAUAAAGAUCUUGAGGCAGAGAACUUGCGUGAGCCUGGGGAAGUAAAGAAGCAGUAGAGAAGGACAUUUCUGCCCUUUUCCUCAUCAGUUUUGUUUCUCACGCAUUGCUUCCCAUUCUUCUUUCGUCUUGUUAACAAUCAGUUUUCAUGUAUUAAAAAGAACUUCUGCUUCAAAAAUUAUUCCGAAGGCUCAGCCAUAUAUUCACAUUUUUUUUCACUUGUGUCAUGAAAAUAAAAAGUCUUUACUAAAUAAAAA